UCUCUCUCUCUCUCUCUCUCUUACUCUUUGCUUCAACGAGGUGGACGGAAUCAGCAGCCGUGCAGCAACUUUAGUUUAUUUUGACCGGCAGCAGAGAUUAAUGUAAAUAAUAUUGCAGAAGCAUUUGUAUUAACUGAAUAUCAUUUUAUAAUUUUGAAGUAACUUUGCAGUCAGGGCGAAGAACAGCGCACGGAUUUGAACAACAGUCAAUAUGCCACCUAAGAAGCACGAUGAACCUGAACGCAAGCCGCUGAUCGGACGCAUUGGCACUAACCUGCGCAUUGGCAUCGUCGGCGUGCCCAACGUAGGAAAGUCGACGUUCUUUAAUGUGCUGACCCAGAGCGCCGCGCCAGCCGAGAAUUUCCCCUUCUGCACCAUUAAGCCCAAUGAGAGUCGCGUGCCCGUGCCCGAUGAUCGUUUUGACUACCUCGUGGAUUUCCACAAGCCGGCCAGCGUUGUGCCCGCUUAUCUGAAUGUGGUGGACAUCGCGGGGCUGGUCAAGGGUGCCGCCGAGGGGCAGGGCUUGGGUAAUGACUUUCUUUCGCACAUCAGUGCCUGCGAUGCCAUUUUCCAUUUGUGCCGCGCCUUCGAGGAUCCAGAUGUAACGCAUGUGGAGGGCGAAGUGGAUCCCGUGCGCGAUUUGGGCAUAAUUGCCGAGGAGCUUCGUCUGAAGGAUGAGGAGAAACUGUUGCAGAAUCUGGAUAAGUUGGAAAAGGUUGUGGCCCGUGGCGGCGACAAGAAGCUAAAGCCCGAAUAUGAGUCCAUGUUGAAGAUCAAGGACAUCUUGAUGGAUCAGAAGCGUCAGUUGCGCUUUGAGGACUGGAAUGCCCACGAUAUCGAAACGUUGAACAAGUAUCUGUUCCUGACCUCCAAGCCAGUCAUCUAUCUGGUCAAUCUUUCCGACAAGGACUUCAUCCGCAAGAAGAACAAAUGGCUGCCCAAGAUUAAGGAAUGGAUUGACAAGAACGAUCCGGGCGCUCUACUUAUUCCCUUUUCUGGCGCAUUCGAGCAGCAGCUUAGCGAGAAGGAUGAGCUCGAACGCAAAGGUUACGAGGACGAGACUAAAUGCAAGAGUCAGCUCGACAAGAUCAUUAUAACUGGGUAUAAGGCCCUCCAGCUGGAAUACUUCUUCACUGCCGGCCCCGACGAGGUCAAGGCCUGGACAAUACAGAAGGGCACAAAGGCGCCACAGGCAGCAGGCCGUAUUCACACUGAUUUCGAGAAGGGAUUCAUUAUGGCCGAGGUGAUGCACUUUGAGGAUUUCAAAGCCGAGGGCAGUGAGGUAGCCGCCAAGGCGGCUGGAAAAUACCGCCAACAGGGACGCAACUAUACGGUCGAAGAUGGCGAUAUCAUUUUCUUCAAAUUUAACGCCGGAGCUGGUCUAAAGGAUGCUAAGAAGAAAUGAUGCUGCUUCGCCACCUACAUUGUCAUGCUGACCAUCAUGUACAUGAAUUUAAUUCUAUAUUCACAACUGUUUUAAUUUGCCUGAUGCCAAAUGCUUUGCUUCCACACGCUCCCAAGUAAAAAUGCAUUUGUUUUUUUUUUUUAUGACUCAAACACUUGUGAUUAUUAUUGGUAAAUUUGAUCUAGGUCCAAAGGGUUGGGUAUUUCUCCCCAAGUCUACGAAGCUUGCAUAUGUAAUCGAUUCCUCACAAGGGCAAUUACUCAAAUUAUAUAAAAUUAAAAAUGUAUAAUACAC